AUGACCGAUCCACUCGACCAAUCUGGGAGUCCUGAGCCGCCAGCCCCCGCGGCAGUGAGGGACUCGCGGCCACCGUCUGUGGACGAACCGCUGGAACUCCAUGAAAUUCAGACUCGUGAGGAUGACGAGCAGCUCAACUAUUCCUCACCCUCCGCUUCUUCGGGUGAAGAGUACCAGAACGUCACCCGCCGAACUGGAUCUCAUUCAAGAGUUCGUCGACCGCGCAAACAGAGAAAGGGUCCAUGGAAUACGGUUUGUCGGUUCUGGACUCACAAUGUGACUUUGACGGUGCCGCAGAAAAACAACCGGGAUCAUUUCGCCCUAGAAAGAACAUUCCUCGCAUACAUCCGCACGUCGGUGGUUGUCGCUAUGCAAGGGGUUCUGAUCGCACAGUUGUUCCGCCUGCAGCGAUCGAAUGCCGCGGAAGACCGACUACGGUUUUACGAGGUCGGGAUCCCGCUCGCGGUUGCAUGUUAUAGCGUAGCCAUCGCAGUCGCUCUGAUCGGCGCGUAUCGAUUUUGGAGACAACAGAGUGCGAUUUCAGUAGGCAAAGUCCAUGCAGGAGGAUGGGAGCUGAACUCGGUAGGAAUUUUGCUCUUUCUUGUCCUUUUAGUCACUUUAAUUUUGUCGCUGGUGAUCCUUAUUGAAAUCGACAUGGCGCCAGCCAUCUCCUUGAUGAAGCGAAUAUUGAACAAUUAG